AUGAUGAGCCCAUCCUCGGUGGCGGCGGUCCCCGGCCCGCACGGCCACGGCUCACGAGCAUCCCCCGCAACGGCGCCGGUGCAAGGGGCCCAGCGCCUGCUGGCCAGCCACACGGCCACACGGCUGCCGGAAUUUGCGCAGCUCUGCCUCGGGUGUCACGAGCAGCUGCAGAGCGUCUUCAAUGGCAACCACAUCAAGUCGUCGGCCGGGACCGGUGGUCCGCCGACGGCCGCCGGGGCCGACGCCCUGCACGAUGCGGCGCUGCCGGCCCUCGGCCAGUGCCUGCAGGCCCUGCGCGACGUGUGGGCCAUCCUCUGCUCGCACACGGCCCCGCCCGCGCUGCCCGACUUCCUGGCCAUUGACGGGCUCUUCAUGCGGUGGCUCCACUCGGAUGCCAGCCUCUCAUUGACUGCGGACGCCCGUGCGGUGGCGCGGCCCGUCCGGCCGGAUUUCCUGGCUCUGCGGCCGGAGGCGUGCCUGGCGCUGGCGGUCAGGCCGGGCGCACGCGACAUCGGCCUCGGGGCCCCCGGGGCCGAAGGCACGUCGGUCGGGUCGGCCCUGCUCGGGGCCUUCGGCGGCCCGGGCGCCAGCGGUCCAGGCGGCCCGGGCGCCGAGGCAGCCCAGCAGCAGCAGCUCCAACGGGAGGCCCUCUACGCCUUCAGCGGCCUCGGGUCCUGGCUGUGGAACACCUUCGUCGCGCCGCCAGACAGUUCGCUCCCGGCGCGGCCGCUCCCCGCUCCCCUUCGGGAUCUGCUAGUGCCAUACUGCCUGCGUGCUUUGGACCAGGCCGUGGCCUUCAUCUGUGCCCCAUCCAGCCAGGGGUCCCAGUUCGACCCGGAGGUGUGCCAGACCCUGCUGACCGAGGUGGUCGGGGUGCUGGACGCCCUGUGCCGGUGUGACCCGCCUGGCACCCCGCCCGAGGCCGCCGGACAGGGGGACCACCCCCUCCGCCACCGGCUGGCGAAGCUCCUCCUCCGGGCCUUCGAGGCACUGAUGGCGGUCCCGGCCCCGCUGGCCCUGCUGCCGGUGGCCCGGUUCCUGGCCAACCACACUCGCACGGCCGGCGAGCUCCGGGCUCAGGCGGCCGCCGCCCCGCCGGCCGGGGCCUUCACCUGGCCGGAGCUCUCGCUGGAGCCACUCCUCGAGCGCUUGGUCACCCUGGUGGUCGGGGGGCCGCACUACCGCGCGCAGCCGAUCCUGGCCCACCAGUUUGUUGGGCUCUUCGUCGGGCCGGACCCCUUGUUUCAGACGGCGGCCGAGGGGGCCGAGGCGGCCGCCGACCGGCCCCCGACAGCGGCCACCGGUACCUCCGUGGCGGCGUCCUCGGCCGUGGCCGGCAUGCCGGCGGCUCUGCCCCCGGCCGCCGCCGCGGCGGCCCCCGGCAUGGCGCGCCUGCCCCGAUGGGCCUCGGACGUGGAAACCCGCCGGCGCCUGGCCCAGCUGGGGCUUGUGAACCGCUUCUUCCCGGCGCUGAUCACGGUCUGCGCCUGGCACUCGCAUGCCCUGAGCAGCUCCCUCUCGAAUCUGGUGACCAUUGUCUUCCAGUCGACCUCCCUGGGCACCCCCUACUCGCAGGGCAAUGUCCUGCCCCUUGCGCGGGCCCUGCGCAUGGAGCUGCUCCAUGCGCUCAUCGACCUGCCGGUGUCGGUGGCCUGUCAGAUGUGGCGGGCCUCGGUGGAUGCCGAUGCCGGGGUCAGUUUCAUCCCAGCGGCCGGGGGGCCCGGCGCGGCCGGGACAGCCGGCACCGGGGCGGCCAGCGGCCCGGGCCCCGGUGGUGCACCCUUCCGGCCGAUGGCGCCGGGCGGACGCGGCGGCCGGGCGGCGGCCGGGGGUUCCGGCACCAGCGGCCCCCGGCCCGGCCGGCCGGACCCCGACCCGGAGAUCUUCACCCUGGUGGAUGGGUCCCUGCGGGUGGUGUUCAACCACAUCCUGCGCCAUGAGUCCGGAGCCUUUGGCGACCUGAACAUUUGGUCGAGCUCGCCGGAGUUCGGGCGGCUCCUCAGCGGCCUGGCACAGAACACCCUCUACUCGGCUCGCAUCAAUUCCGCGUGCUUCUUGGUCCCCUCGCUGCUGGGGACCUACUUCCACGAGCUCUUUGCCAGCCGCGCGGCCAUGGCCGGGGCGGGGCUGGCCGGCGCCUGGCAGCCGCGCGACGAUGUGACUCUCGCGCGAGCCCUGCUCCAGCGCUACUCCCAGCUGUAUGCCUCGUCGAUUGCCGCGGUCCUGCCGGACUGCCGGGCCGCGCUCCAGGCCACCCGGGCCGUGCUGCUGGCCCACCUGGAGCGGCUGAUCCGCCGGACCCCGCGCAUGUUGGUCGACCGGGUGACGCGGGCGUCCUCGGCGGCGGCGGCGGCGGCGGCCGCAGCAGCCGCCGCCGCGGCAGCGGCCGCCUUUGGCGACGACAUUUCCUCCCCCGCCUCGGACGACUGCCUGCGCCAGGAGAUCCUGGAUGUUUUGGAGAAGCGCGGUGCCGACUAUUGCGAGUCCCUGCUGUUGACCUUGUGCUCGCUCAUCGGGGAUUAUGUUACCCCGGGUUCCGGGCCAUUCGCCGCGCUGGCGGUGGCGGAUUACUGCGACAAGAUCGAGGCCCUGGCACAUGAAAUUAGCCAGGCUCUGUCGGCCCUGAUCAGCCCACCGACGCGGGCGCGGGCGCGCCUUGGCCAGCCGAGCCCGGCCCGGCGGCCUGUUCGGCCCGGCGCCGGGUCGUCGAGUUCCCUGCCGCAACUGCUCUCGGUGGUCAUCACGACCCUGGGCAAGUUGGCGGCGCGGGGUCUCGGCACGCGGACGUACGCCACCGAGUCCUCGGCCAGCAGCGGCAGUGUGGCGGCGGCCGUAGCGGCGGCGUCGGCCGCCGGGGCCCCAAGCACGGCCAUGCGCGCGUCCGAGAGCGCUCGCUCGGCCAUCGAGGGCAGCGGCCUCGCCGCGCGGGCCAUCAUCUGCUUCGCCAAGAUUUCCCAGCUCCACCGGCUGAGCCCGGAGCGCUUGCACCCGACCGGGCUCGAGCUAUCGGCGGACCUGUGUGCCCGGCGCGCCGACGAGUGGGUCCGCCUGCUGCGGCACCAGCCGGUCGCGGCGGCGGCCCUCUUUGCCCCGGUGUCCGCCUCGGAGGCCGGGGCGCCAGGGGACCUGGCCGCCGGCCGGCGGCCAGAUGCCCGCCUGGCGGCCGACGUCUUCCUCGACGAGGAGGAUGUCCUGCUGGCCGCCGGCGGGGCCGACCCCCGGCAAUCGUCCCUGUCGCGGCUGCUGGAGCCCGGUGGCCGGGCCGACUGGACGCUCAUCUUUGCUGCGGGGCUGGCGCCGGGGGCCGCGACGGCCGGGUCUCCAGUCGACCCGCCGGGGGUGGUGGCCGCGGCGGCGGCCGGCGUGGCGCUGGCUUCGUCCGCCUCGCCGGCCGCCUCGUCGGGCCUGCUGCCGGUCCUCGGCGACGGGAGCAUCGUGGUGGAUGUGGCUGGUGUGGGCCCCGGUGGCGGGUCACCGCUCUCCCUGAGCAGUCUCUUCGCCGGGACCUGCGCCGGACCCCCCGCCGGGGCCGGGCUCAGCACUCCGGCUGAUGAGGCCCCCUACCCGCCGGAAGACAUGGCCUUCGGGGGCUUCCUGCUGAAGCAGUUCAUGUAGCUCUCUUGGUCGUGCCUUUUUUCCGUCCCCCCCCCUCAUCUCCAUGUCUGCCCCUGGUCCCGGGCCGGUGGAAGUUGUGUGCCCGUGUUCCUCCGCCGCCCUCGCCGGGUGGGCAUGAAAUAGACGCGGGCGGAUGGAUGUCCACA